UUCAGCACCCUGUAAUAGAAUUCAAUCAUAGUUUUCUUGUUUUGAAGGGACUUGGGCAGUGGAAAAUGGUGUCCCAAACAAUUGAUCUUGUGAAGAACGAGCUGCCUCUUGAGCAGGAAACCGUAGUUUUCCCUGAAGAAGGUUUGACUGGGCUUGUUCUUGUGGACAUCAUCAAUGGCUUCUGCACUGUUGGGGCUGGAAAUCUGGCUCCGAAAGAACCCAACAGGCAGAUAUCGGGAAUGAUCAAUGAAUCAGCAAGGCUAGCAAAACUGUUCUGCGAGAAGAAAUUGCCAGUUAUGGCGUUUCUUGAUACUCAUCAACCUAACAAGCCUGAGGAACCUUAUCCUCCUCAUUGCAUUACUGGCACUGAUGAAUCCAAUUUGGUUCCUGGUCAUUUCUCUCUUCUUUAGGCAUGUUUGGUACCGCUGUUUUGCCCUCCAGAUUGUCCUGCCCAGCUGCCCCUGUAUUCUGCUACAACGUGUUUAGUAGAGCUUAACCUUGGAAGAUAAACAUCCUGAAAAAUAAAAAGUUUAGCCGAUUAAACACCCUGCAGCACAACCCAAAGACAGCUAGAUAGCGAAUUGACUAAACUCCCCAUAUUCUCAGGAUUGAUUGUUCAUUCCGGCCCCUAGAUGAUAAACCUCAUACUGGACUAAACAUCCUGCAGCAAAAUCCAACGCAGUCAGAUAGCAGGAGUAGCUAGGCAGCAGAAUCUGGGGCAAAACUCCUCAGUUUCCUUGCAUACCAAACAAAUCUUCAAUCUCUUUUAACAGAUAUAUUAUCAUACAUAGCCUGUUACUUUUCUCUCAUCUUGCUUUGUUAUAUAAACUGCAGCUUUGCAAUGGAUAGAGAAUGAACCAAACGUGACAAUCAGGCGCAAAGAUUGCUAUGAUGGAUAUCUGGGUUCAAUUGAGAAUGAUGGUUCCAAUGUUUUCGUGGACUGGGUCAAGAACAAUCAGAUUCAAACUCUUCUGGUUGUGGGGGUUUGUACAGACAUUUGUGUACUGGAUUUUGUUUGUUCAACAUUAUCUGCAAGGAAUAGAGGGUUUUUGCCUCCCCUGAAGGACGUCGUUGUGUAUUCACAAGCCUGUGCUACCUUUGAUGUUCCUCUUCACAUUGCUCGAAACACCAAGGGAGCUUUACCACAUCCUCAGGAACUGAUGCAUCAUGUAGGGCUUUACAUGGCAAAAGAAAGGGGAGCCAGAAUAGCAAAUGAAGUGUCCCUUGGUGCAUCAAAUAAGCCAUAAGCUUGGGCUGGGUGGCUUUUAAGAUCUAAGGGUAUCUAAAACCUUUAGGUCAUGUUUGGUUGGAGGAAUGUCUAUUCUUUAGUCAAACUGCAAAAAAUAAGGUAAAAUUAGGAAGCUUACUUGAUAAGCUAGGAAUAAAUAAGCUCAUUUUCUACUAGUUUAGAGAAUGAGUAAGGAAUAGAUAUUACUACAUGUCCUUAAAGAAUAGGGAUUCCCCAACCAAAUGAAACCUACAGUGUGUGCUUCUACUCUCAAAAUAAGCUGUUAGUAUUUCA